CGGAUAGUGUUUUUGAACGGUAACUCUGCGGUCACACUUUUGUUUUGUUUUGCUCUGCAACACGAUUUUUUAAAUUGCAAUUGCAGCAUGGCCGAAGAACCCGAGGAACCUGGCAAGAGCUUCGUUAUCUUUGGCCGUGAUGUAUCGCAAAUCCCGUGCUUUCGUAACAGUUUUCUCUACGGAAUCAGUGGAGGAAUCGGAAUUGGACUGCUGACUUUUCUGGGUACUUCGCGAACGCAUCUGUCCACCCACGUGGGAUUCGGAUCCUUCUUCUGCGGCACCAUCGCUUACUGGAUGUCGUGCAGGUAUCAGUGGUCCGCGCGGAGAUUCGAGCAACAACAACUUCGGGAGGCGAUGCGACGACAAGCUUUAUAUGAGGGCACCGAUGUCGAGCGGGAUUUAGAUCUUAAGUCUGCGUAGCAUAAGUCAGUUCCUAUCCCAUUUUACCUCUUCAGUUUUGAUGUUUGUCCUUGGGUACCAAAUAAUUCAGGCAUUGUAUAGACCCUCUUGUUGUAAAUCCUUUUGUUACUGAAUGGCUUUAUUAUAGCAAAUAUAUUGUAUUUUAAGUAAAUCCUUA